AUGUACUGUCCCAGUUCGUCUUCGUCUCGAACUCUUGUGAGUCCUUCGCUGGGAUCUACGGGCCGCAUUCUUGGAUUCGCUAUAGACAAACUUUUACGAUCCCGAUGCCUCGGUUUGUCUGAUCCCUUCGUCGUCCCUGACAGGUCACCCUCAUUAGACGAGUCCUGCUUGUCUGAGGAAACGGUCACUUUUUUCGUCGCCAUGUUGGCUUCUUUUGUUGUGUCGUCAAAGAUCUCGGACCUAUUGGUGCUCGAGUUGGCCGCCACCGAACAGCUGACAGCUACUGAAGUGGUUGUCUUCAGCUGCAUCCUUCAACCCCGCCUCGUUUCCCGACCAAGUCUGGGAGGCGAAUUCCACGACAACCUCGUGUUCGACCUUCCCAGAUCUGGGUCGACUGUAGAGCUAGCGAGCUAUCGAAAACGACACAAUGACGUGUAG